AUGAGCGAUGUGACGGAUACUGUGAACGAUCCGGCGUUCAACUCAUCAACGAUCACAAGCAGUCAACGGCUGGAGGUGAACGCUAGCCAACAACAAAUGGUUGCAGCGCUUCUCAAGAUCAAAUCGAAAGCCAGAGGACAGAUUUUCCAGGUUCAAGGC